AUGGAUGAUUUAUUCCAGUUACUGGAUAAGACAGAGCUGAAUUGGGGCGCGUUCAAGAGAUGGAGAGAUCUAGCACGCUUCGCAGCGACAUCUAAGACGCUCUAUUCGAUGGUGACCCCGAUAUUGUAUCGAUAUGAUACAAAGUACGGCUACUCCUCUGCGUUGAUGAUAUCUGCAAGGAAGGGCGUGCUUAGUGGGGUUAUCAGGUCUCUGGAGUACGGAAAGGCCGACCCGAACACGGAGGAUCACACCCAGUUCUUCCACUGGGCUCGGGUACACGGAAUAUCUCGAAAACUCCCUCCAGUCCCAACUUUGAGGAAAUGGCUCUUGCCCUCCCUUACUGGCUUGCACCUUGCAUGCCUCUAUGGUCAUCCCGAAAUUGUCGACGCACUUUUGAAUCACCAAGUCGAUAUCAACAAAAGGGCCCACGCGUGGUGUACGAGAGUUACAAAUGGAAGUUCCCAUUUAUUUUGCCGUUUUGCUCCGUUUGCAGUCACAAAUUGGGAAGAUUCCAUCUGCACAAAUGUUGCUGGUCCGGUAAGGAGAUAUCUACACGCGAACCGUGACCUCUUUGUAUAUGCUAACGGCUAUGAAGAACACAGGGAUCGUGACCCCAUGGAAGAUCCUAAGGGUAUCCCGGAUGAUGCUAAGGCUGUCAAGAAAAGUUUCAAUCAAAGGGAUAUCGGCACGGUAAUACGCCUUUGCGAAGCUGGAUGCAGCCUCAUCACAAGGCAGUACGAAAAUGUCCAUGCCUUACAUCAAGCAUGCGCUCAUGGUCUCAUCAAUAUAGCAGAAUACCUGAUCCGAGGUUUGCACGUUGACGCCAAUGUCAGGGAUAGCAAGGGACUCACUCCGUUGCACUACAUGGCUAUACCUACUAACGUGAAUGGGUUCUUUGAUCAAGGGCUCGACGUCAAUCGACUUGAGAGAACAUUUUAUCUCCUACUUAUUUCCGGCGCAGACGUCAACGCCAAAACAGACUCGGGUGUUCGACCCAUUCAAAUGGCGUUGGAAUCACCUAACGGCUUAGAUUUGGCACAUUUGCUGCUGUGGAAUGGAUGCAAAUGGGGGCGCGAAUACGAGACUAUCUUGAACGGGAAUCAACGCGCAUAUGACGAAGAGAAACGAGAGGUCAGGAGGGUGCUUAGAUAUAUCAGGAUCAACGGUCCAGUCAAAGGGUAUAGAUUUUUGGCCGAUGGAGGGCAAGACUUUUGA